AUGAUGUUUAUAUGUAAAUCCAAAACAAAGUAAAAGUAUCCUCUCAGAGAUUUGGACUCGGAUUGCUAACUGGUGUGCGUGCUGCUUGGUGGUGAUUAUAGAUCAAUCUGACUCGGUGCCACUGGUCAAGUAUGAGUGCAACUUGGGAAAGCGAGACAGACGUAGUGAAGGAAAGAACUCGGGAAAGCGACGCAGACGUUGUGAAGGAAAGAACUCAGGAAAGAAUGAGGAAGCAAAAGGAUCACAAUCCGAAACAUGUGUUUCCUAUACUGGCAAAUCUCAACCAUUUGGAAUUAAUGGUUCAUGCAGAUUACCGUCUGGCUCUUUUUCAUUUAUCUUCUUUUCUGAAAGCAUCUCCUUUCUUGCAAAGACUUGUGUUGAAGUUGGAUUUCAUUAUAUUGUGGGAGGACUUAGGAGAAAUAAAUAAAGCUGUGAAAUGCCCUCAUCAUUCCCUCAAGGUAGUAGAAAUUGUCGGGUAUCGUGUUCGUGCAUCUUCUGUAAAGCAUAUCACGUUCUUAAUAAAGAGUGUUGUUGCGUUAGAGAAAAUUGUUAUUGAUCCUCUCCGACGUUGGGAGGCGGGUAGUGAAGAUUUCGCUGAGGAAGCGAAAGCAAGAGAGCUCGCUGUGCAACUCAUUAAAAAAAAAUUGCCUUCAACUGUUGAAUUUGUAUGCCUGUAGUGAGGCUUAAAUUAUCUCGAGAUUGGGCAAGUAUUUAUUAAGUACUAAGUUUUGAUUAACUGAUUUAUAAUGG